GGGUCCCGGAGUUUCUCCUGCUCUCUCGGAGUUGGUCGGAUCCAGUAAAGUUUCUCCUCCGGGAUCUCCGGGGCCCCCCGACCGUCCGAUCCCUGCUGGAGACUCCGGAGAGACGGGGCCCCAACUGACACCAGGGGCCCCCCGUGUACGUGUGUGUGGAUUAUAUUACCUCCUCGGAUCUAUGGAUCUCCCGCGGCUGCUGCAGCUCCUGCUGGCCGCCCUCCUGUGCUGGGGCCCCCCGGCCCGGGGCCUGGAAGUCACACUCAUGAACACCAAACUAGAGACCUCCGACCUGCGAUGGACGACCUUCCCCAAUGUGGACGGGCAGUGGGAUGAGACGUCGGGCUUGGACGAGGAGCAGACGCCGGUCCGCACUUACGAAAUCUGCAACGCUCAUCUUGCGGGUCAGAACAACUGGCUGCGCACCAACUACAUCCGGCGCGGGCCGGCCCACCUUGCCUACGUGGAGAUAACAUUCACCAUGAUGGAGUGCGCCUCCAUCUCCCGGGCCGGCCGCACCUGCAAAGAGACCUUCAACCUCUACUACUAUCAGGCCAACUCCGACCUGGCCAACGAGCACUUUCCUCCCUGGAUGGAGAACCCCUGGGUGAAGGUGGACACCGUGGCAGCUGACACCUUGGCCAGACCAAGUGCCCGCGGCAGUGCAGGUUCUAUGCGGUCCAAUGUCAAGACUCUGCGCCUGGGCCCUUUGAAGUCGGCUGGAUUUUAUUUGGCCUUCCAGGAUCAGGGGGCAUGCAUGGCGGUACUGGCUGUCCGAGUCUACUACCGCUUGUGCCCUGCCGUGGUGGCUUCCCUGGCCACCUUCCCGGAGACUGUCCCGGAUGGGUUGGUGGUAUCUGCAGAGGGCAGCUGUGUGGAAGGAGCGGAGGGGUCGCUUGGGAGACGACCUACCAUGUACUGCAAGGAGGACGGCGAGUGGGCGAAACCGGCGGCGGGAGAGUGUGUCUGCACCGCCGGGAGGGAAGAGAAAGAUGGCCGCACCAAAUGCACAGUUUGCCCUCCGGGAACCUUCAAACCCGUCACCGGAGAGACGAUGUGCCAGCCCUGCCCGGCACACAGUCAGUCAACAACCGCCGGUGCCAUUACGUGCAACUGCAAGCCGGGGUAUUUCCGGUCCCCCGGGGACCCCGUCAAUGCCCCCUGCACCACUCCGCCCUCGGCUCCUCGGAGUAUUGUACCGCACGUGAACGGCUCUUCCGUAGAUCUGGACUGGAGCGAGCCCCUCGACGCUGGCGGCCGUUCGGACUUGUAUUACGAGGUGCAGUGCUCAGAGUGCCCUAGCGGGGUCACCUGCAUCCCAUGUACCCGCCUCUCCUUCUUCCCCCGCCCACAGAAGUUGACGGAACGCCGGAUCCGAGUGUCAGGGCUCCGCCCCCGAGUUACCUACACCUUCCGGGUCUUGGCUUUGAACGGCGUAUCGGAUCGCAGCGGAUCGGCAGCCUCAGGAGAAGAGCUCAAUGUCACCACCGACCGCGACCUACCCCUCCCUGUGAACGGGAUCCAGCAGAUUUCCGUGUCUGAUUCCUCUCUGAAUCUACGGUGGACCCCUCCGCUCCCUCCGCAGUCACCGAAUAGGGGGAACAUCCUGGAUUACGAAGUCAAGUACUUUGAGAAGGAUCAGGAAAAGCCCCUCACAAUGUUUCUGAAGACCCCUGGCAGCGAGGCAAACCUGGUGGGACUCCGCACAGGGACGGUAUAUGUGGUACAAGUGCGGGCGAGGACAGAAGCCGGGUACGGGGCAUUCAGCGGAGAUGCCCUCUUUCGGACACUUUCACAGGACCCAGCGAAAGCCCAGCCUCAGGUGGAACUGAUUGCUGGGACGGCUGGUGUGGGGGCAAUCCUGGUGAUCGUGGUUAUCAUCAUUGCGGUAGUGUGUGUAAGGAAACAUGGAAGCCACAAAGAGCCGGAGUACUCCGACAAACCGGGCCAGUAUCUCAUUGGGCACAGCACGAAAUUGUACAUUGACCCCUUCACCUAUGAAGACCCCAACGAGGCCGUGAGGGAAUUCGCCAAGGAGAUUGACGCUUCAUACGUGAAAAUUGAGGAGGUCAUCGGAGCUGGUGAAUUUGGGGAAGUGUGCCGCGGCCGCCUGAAAGUUCCCGGGAAAAAGGAAAACUAUGUGGCCAUCAAAACUCUAAAGGGCGGUUACACAGAACGUCAGCGACGGGAGUUUCUGAGCGAAGCCAGCAUCAUGGGGCAGUUUCACCAUCCUAAUAUCAUCCACCUUGAGGGGGUCAUAACAAACAACUGCCCUGUCAUGAUUAUCACCGAGUACAUGGAGAAUGGUGCCUUGGACUCCUUCCUUAGGGCGAACGAUGGUCAGUUCACGCCUAUCCAAUUGGUCGGGAUGUUGCGUGGGAUCGCUUCCGGCAUGCGUUACCUGGCAGAGAUGAAUUAUGUCCACCGGGACCUGGCAGCACGGAACAUUCUGGUGAACAGCAACCUGGUGUGCAAGGUGUCUGAUUUCGGCUUGUCCAGGUUCCUGCAGGAAGGAUCCACCGACCCGACAUACACGUCCUGUCUGGGUGGCAAAAUCCCGAUCCGCUGGACAGCACCAGAAGCCAUCGCCUUCCGCAAGUUCACCUCGGCCAGCGAUGUCUGGGGCUACGGCAUCGUCAUGUGGGAAGUCAUGUCCUUCGGGGAGCGGCCGUACUGGGACAUGUCCAACCAAGACGUGAUCAACGCCAUAGAACAGGACUACCGGCUCCCCGCCCCGCCGGACUGCCCCUCCGCGCUGCAUCAACUCAUGCUGGACUGCUGGCAACGGGACCGGGCCUCCCGCCCCCGCUUCGCGGAAAUCGUCAGCGCCCUCGACAAGCUCAUCCGCAACCCCGCCAGUCUGAAAAUCACCGCCAGGGAACAGCCGGGGUCAUCGCAGCAGCCCCUCCUGGACCAGCGCACACCCCACUACUCCUCCUUUGCCACAGUGGGAGAGUGGUUGCACGCCAUCAAGAUGGGCCGUUACGAAGAGGGAUUCAGGAGCGCCGGAUUCACCACCUUCAGCCGAGUGCGGCAGAUCACCACAGAGGAUCUCCUUCGGAUGGGCAUCACCCUUGCUGGCCAUCAGAAGAAAAUUCUAUCUAGUCUACAACAAAUCAUUCCACCGGAGAAGCUUCCGCCAGUUUCUGCACCGUGUUACUAAUGGUUUUCAAAAGACUGUUGGACUGCAAACCAGUGCCUCCAGGAACUGUUGGACAGGUUCCCAGUGCCUUCAAAGGCCAGCUGGACAGUUUCCCAGUGCCUAUAAAGGACAGUUGGACUGUUACCCAGUGCCUCCAAGGACAGUUGGACUUUUUACCCAGUGCCUCCGUGGACAGUUGGACUGUUACCCAGUGCCUCCAAGGACAGUUGGACUGUUACCCAGUACCUCCAAGGACAGUUCUCCACUGCCUUUAAAGGACUAUUUGACUGUUACCCGUUGCCUCCAUAAGGCAGUUGGACCAUCACCCAUUUCUUUCAGAGGCCAUUCCAGACAGUUGCCCAGUGCCUUCAAAGGAUGGACAGACUGCAAUGUGCCUCCAAAGGCUUUUGGAUUACAAUUUUGCUCUACACUUGACUAUGAAAUUGCAACCCAGUGCCUUCAGCCGUUAUACUGCAAGCUCAUGCCAAGGACUACCCAAGAGACUGCAAUGGAAGUUGGCAUCCUCUCCGUUUUUUGAACCACAAGUGGCCAUUAAAGACAACUAAUGGUCAUUGAACCGUAUACUCUACCAGUUAAUAUAACCCUUUCCGACUGCAGAGUCAGGCCAUCCUCUAAGAAACCCUGACCCUGGGCCACAGUUAACCAUUUUGUUGCCACCUUCAGCCUACAAGGAGCAAAGUGCGUUACUAUUGGCCUGGUCAACCAAAUACUUGACCGUCGUUGGCCUACAGAGACCACUGGAUAGUUACCAUUGGCCUGGUUAACCAAAUGAUUGACCAUCGUUGGCCUACAGAGACCACUGUAUAGUUACCAUUGGCCUGGUUAACCAAAUGAUUGACCAUCGUUGGCCUACAGAGACCAGUGGACUGUUACCAUUGGCCUGGUCAACCAAAUGAUUGACCAUCGUUGAUCUAAAGGGACCACUGGACUGUUACCAUUGGCCUGCAGCUGACCAGAUGAUUGACAAUCUUUGGCUUACAGAGGCUGCUGGACUGUUACCGUUGGCCUACAGCUUACCAAAGUCUUUGGUCUUGGACCACAAGUCCUGACGUCAAGAGGAAGCCCUGAUAAUGACUUUUGAUGCCCAGUGGUAUCCUCCGUGAUGUCGCCGAUGCAAUAUAAAGUGUGUGGCCGUAUUGUACAAGGCCUUAUACACGGUGAACAGGGAACAGAAUUAUCGUACGUGCGUUACUGCUGUGUACGCCGACCAACGUAACCGCCUCUCCGCCCUGAGUGUGUCUGGAACGUACACGUGGUUUCUAUAUAUAGCACUGUGAAGACCGCGGUUACUUACGAUUGUACAGUACGUGUAUAUAUUUAUAUAUAUAUGCAUUUGUGAAGAUUUCAUUCUGUUCCUUACUUUUUAUAUUAAAUUAUUUGAUAAUAAAAGUGAUGAAAUACUCA